AGCCGCUGCAUCUUUGUGAACUGGUGUCUACUACGUGCACUGCUGUUUUUUUUUUUACACAUAAAUACAUCACCCAGCUGCCAGCAUUCUUCCAGAUUGUGCUUGACUCCUCGAAAUAUUGACUGGUACAUCUCACUACUGCACAAUUUAUUCAAAUAUAAUUUACUCUAGAGUCAUCUAGGCCCUCUUUGUAGAUAUGUUGGACCUUAUGUUAUCUAUUUUCAUGUUCUCUUUCAUCUCUGCUGCAGCGGCACAGUAUGGGAACGGUGGCGAUACUACUGCGGCGGAGACGUCCACAAAAGCCUCACCUUCUUCUACUACGUCUGCUUCACCAGCUGUCCAAACCGUUGAAGUGGGCCAAAACGGACUCAGCUUCUCACCCGAUACACUGACUAUUUCCCCUGGUGGCAAAAUUGAGUUUCACUUCAACCCCGGCAAUCACACUGUCGCACAAGCAUCGUUUUCGAAUCCAUGCAAUCCAAUGAGCGAUACGAGCUUGUUUAGCGGAUUCGUUCCUGGAUCUUCUACCAGAGACUCGUCUUCAAUUUUCACCGUCACCGUCAAUGAUACAAACCCUAUUUGGUAUUACUGUGGGCAAGUUGAGCAUUGCCAGACCGGCAUGGUUGGAGUAAUCAAUCCUCCAGCCAGCGGUCCAGAUACUCUCGCAGCGUUCAAGUCUGCAGCAGCGAAUAUACAAAAGUUCAGUGUCCCGGUUUCUGUCCAAGGCGGUGUUUUUGGGGUCUCUGCUGCAUCUGCUAGUAGUUCCACGAUUGCCAGUAACUCUCCCAGUAGCACAUCGACGAGCACCACCAGCCCAACCCAAACAGGAGCAGCGCCAAUUUUAUCCGCCAGGACUUACAUGAGUUUCAUCUCGAUCUUGUCUUUGUUCAAAGUUCUGUUUAUUAUGUGAGAGUGGACCGUUAUAAUUCAUAGUCAGGGAGUUGUUUGAAGCUGUGUUGUCAUAUCCUUUUUUGCUAAAUAUGGAGUAUGUGACGGACCAGUCAAUAGCUGAAUCAUUGAAACUUAAUAUAUAAUAAAAAUUAAAAGUAAGUUAUAUAU